AUGAGAGAACUUCCUCCAUUGCAACUCGACGGCAUUGAGGCUGAGAUGACGCCCAACAACGCUCAAGCCGAUGCUUCGAGGCAAUCUGACGAAGGGACAAGCCAAUCCACAUUCCGACCUCGCUCCAAGAAUCAGAAGCAACGCCGCCGAGUCAGAUACCGCUUCCUCACUCCUUCGGAAUGGGCAAUCGUCGCCCACGGCAUCGGUGGCGUCAACGACACGGAAGGCCAUAUCGCUCUCCAUCCGUCUUGUUGGUACUACCCGCCCAAAGGCAUCCCCAACGGCCUCUACCGGGACGUCAUCUGGCAUCGAACCAAGUACUUCUACAUGUACCACGGCAUGAGCUCUAUUCGCUGGGUUUCGUACAUCCUGCAAAUCAUCUUUGGGGCGAUCCUCACCGCAAUCGGCUCCAUGUCGUAUAAGGACGGCACUCCCAUCACCAUCAUCGCGGCUGCAAACACUAUAAAUGCUGGCAUCCUCGCACUCUUGCACAACAGUGGUUUGCCCGACCGUUAUCGCUCCGAUCAGGCCGAGUUUGACGAGGUCGAAGACCACCUCAAGAAGAUACUCGACACCGGAAUUGUCCCUGAGGAUAUGUCUGUCGACCAGGCGCUCAUCCAUUGCUUUGAUCUGUACCAGGAGGCCAAGAAGACCGUCUCGGCAAAUAUUCCGGCAACUUACACACCGAGUUCGGUCCUUACAGGUGGACCGCAAGGCGGUGAACCGCAGAAGCCAGGCACGCCUGGGCCGGCGACACCGAAUGCAGCCAACUCGGUCAUUGCCACCAGACUUUCGGUGGCUGUUCCCCCGACUACCACUGAAGAGAAGUGAUAUGGAGUACACUGUGUCUCAUUAGGCUUGUGGAGCUUUUGAAAGGUCGUCUUAACACUGUCAAAUUGUUUCUCUUAUUAAUCCAGGUGAAGGACACUCGUAAUAAUUCAGAUGGAAUUUGGAGGCUUUGGGGCGCAGCAGAUGAUAGAAACCAAGUGUGUUACUUGAGACAACAUGAAUUAGGGAGCUUAAACAAGACAAUUAGACAUCCAUUGCAUCGGUUUGGGUUGCAAGACAUGAAGUGAAGUGAAGUGAAGUAAAAUGCAGUGAAAAAUAGUCGU